UCCGUAGCUCACGCCAUUUCCCAUCUGGCGUUUCCAUCUUCUUUCCUUCUUCGCGACUGCUGUCCAACCUCGACCCUUUUCUUAUUUUUCCCACGUCACAAACUGGAGAGAAAAGCACCGUUUGUGGUUCUUCAUCGCCGCGUUUCCUGUCCCUUGCCAGCCAGCAACCACCAUUUUCUUUCUGUCGACAGAAUUUUCUUAGCUCUAAUCGCCCGAUAUCCAACGAACCAAGAACCCUCCUUCCAUCCAUACUGUACAACUUCUACCUACCUACCUACCUACCUACCUACCAGUCGGCCGACUUCCGCUUUCUCCCUACCGCAGCUUCUGCAAAUCUACUAGCGCCCCUCCCUCUACCUAGCAGUGGCUCGUUUCCUCGUCGUUCCUGCUUGCUCGUCUCCACACCGGCUGCUGCACUCUGCUGCACUGCACUCUGCGCACCCGCCGCUCAAUUCACCGCAACCACCACCCGAACAACUUCCCACCACUUGCCGUCCGGCUCACCUCAACUUCCACUUCCACUUCCACUUCCACUUCCGCUUCUGCUCGCUCGCUCGCUUCUCCGUCGUCAAGACUGCGCGCUUCCCCUGACAACACGCUUUCUUCCAAGGAACCUCGCUUCCUCCUUCUACAGCCAUCGUCGCCAUCCCAUCCUUCGACCUUUAAUUCUACCCGCCUUCGCAUCCAGGAUCCCCCCUGAGGGCUGUCUUCACCACCCAGUGACGUUUGUCUGCACCGUUGCGCGAGCGACUUAAACCAUUUAAUCAUUUGAGGAGGCCAUUCAAUCUUGCCCCCUCGUGUCGGCAUCUCGACUUUUUCCAUCCUUUUACAUUUUACAUCUUCUUUAAUCAAUAGCCACAAUGGCCAACAAGUUCACAAGAGAAUACAAGCUGGUGGUUGUCGGUGGCGGUGGUGUCGGUAAAUCGUGCCUUACCAUCCAGCUAAUCCAGGGUCACUUCCUUGACGAAUAUGAUCCUACAAUCGAGGAUUCGUACCGCAAGCAAUGCACCAUCGACAAUGAGGUCGCCCUUCUCGACAUUCUAGAUACCGCCGGCCAAGAAGAGUACUCCGCCAUGCGCGAGCAGUACAUGCGCACUGGUGAAGGCUUCCUGCUCGUUUUCGCCAUCAACUCGAGGGAAAGCUUUGAGGAAAUCAGAAUCUACCAGCAACAGAUUCUUAGGGUCAAGGACAGGGACUCGUUCCCCAUGAUCAUCGUCGGAAACAAGUACGAUUUGAGGGGAGAGCGCGUUGUUUCGGAACAGGAGGGACAAGCUCUUGCCGCCGAGUUCGGUACCAAGUACAUCGAGACUUCCGCCAAGACACAACACAACGUUGAGAACGCUUUCUACGAUCUCGUCCGCGAAAUCAGGAAAGAGGACAAGAAGCUCGGCGAGAAGGUCGGCGGCACCUCAUUCGCCAACAACAAUGGGGCAGUUAAGCAGAUGGACGUCGGUGACGAGGACGUCCAAGCAGGCUGCUGCGCCAAGUGCAUAAUGAUGUGAAUGAUCGAAACCAACAGGGGAAGAGCAAGCGGGGAGUUAAAAGAAUUGGGACACGUUUGCAAUGAAGAGAUGGACGAUCACACACACACACACACACACACACACACACACACACACACACACACACGCACACACGCACACAAAAUCCGGACUUUAUAGACGACAUGGAUGUGCAAACAACCGAAACACAAAAGCCAUAUCGGACGGCCACGCCCAUACCUUAGCUCACGUACGGUGACCAGUCGGGCUCAGGACCACGGGACCAGCGGAAGGAAUAUCCGCGUUUGGAGAAAUUCAGGCGAGAAGGGGGUUAGGAACCGGGACCGGGCACACACAUUCUUUGCAUUUUGUGGGCAUUUGUUGCAGUGGCACUUAUGCGGAUGAGCUGAGCGACUUGAAAAAGUUGCUUUCAGUUACCAACCGGCCGCUGGGUUUUUAAUAUCACACCGCCGCUGCUACAAUCCGCUCCUUGGCGUUCGUGAGGCGUGGUCGGUUUCUCUAUCAGCGUCUGGAAGAGGUCGCCGAGGGAAGAAGGGAAGGCUGGGUUCGGUCUGGUUGGUUCGGCGAAGGGGUUGGUUGGUUUUGGUUUGGUAUAAUCCUGGUUCUAUCUGGUCUGGUCUGGUCUGUCUGGGGGUUUUGUUGGCACGUUUCUGUCCGUGUUUCACGAUCCGCGGAUUUUGUGAUCAAAUACUUCUUUCUGCUACCUUUUUUCACUUUACACAUUUUGGGAGUCGUUUAUCCGCGAGAGAACUGUACUUGCUAUGGAUGUUAUGUCAUGGUGGGGAUUCUGAUCGAUACUGGGUUUGCAAACUCUCGAAAGAAAACCGUUUAUUUGUAAUUCAUUCUUAUCAAACCUUCUGCCUUUUUUCGUUGUCUUCGUUAGUGCCUGGUCCGAGUGUGUUUCCUCCCGUUAUUCGUAUGUCUCAAGUAUCUUGAAAGUAUUUAUGAGGUGCUCC